UCUCAAACUCCCUCUCAGAUCUGGCCCCUCCCUCUGGCCUCUACGGCUAAGCCAUCGAUCUCUCUCUCGAGAUUUGCCUGAGUCGCCGGCUCGUUGGUCCCCUCUCUCGAUUUCGUUGCGGCCUCUCCUUUGUCGGUCGGCCGUCAAUUAGCCCACUAGUCUCAUUUCCUACGUGCAGUGGCAUCGGUCACCAACACAUCAAGAAUGAAGUUCGAGGUAUUCCUGAGUUUCAGGGGACUAGACACUCGGGACAACUUUACUAGUUGCCUCUAUCAUGACAUGGUCGAGAAAGGAAUCCGUGUCUUCAAAGAUGACAAAGAGCUCCCAAUUGGUCAGAAGGUUGAGGGAGAGCUCUUGCAAGCCCUUGAUGAUUCUCAAAUCUAUAUCCCCAUCUUCUCUAAGCGAUUCGCUUCUGCUCCUUGGUGUCUCCGUGAGGUUGCACAUAUGGUAAAUUGCACUUCAAAGUCAGAUGGAAAGAAGGAGAUCCUCCCCGUUUUCUUUGAUGUGAAGCCGGAUGAUGUCAAACUUAAAACCGAAUUGUACAGAGAUGCCCUCUCUGAGCUUGGGAAGAAGUACGGCUCAGAUGAAGUGAAGAGCUGGGAAGAUGCUCUUGCUGAGGUUCCAACUAAAGUAGGUUGGAAGCUGGAAGGAAAAGGGUAUGGUGAACUUAUAAAAUUGAUUGUUCGAGAGGUUCUACUCAAGUUAAAGGGGAAGAAUAGACAUCUUCCCGACCAUCUAGUUGAAACAGAUGAUCUAGAACGUAUAGAGGAAUUGUUGGAUGUUGACUCGAUGACCAUGUACGUUUCGUUAUAAUCCAUGGGACGGGUGGUAUUGGUAAAUCAACCCUUGCUAGGGUUAUCUUCAACCGAUUUCGGUUUAAAUUCAAUUAUAGUAGUUUUCUUGAAGAUGUCCAAAGUCAUCGUCUCUUGGACUUGCAAAAGAAACUACUAUCCGAAACACUAGGGUCAAACUCUGCUCAAGAAAUUUAUGACACAAAUGACGGGAUCGAUCGCAUAAC